AUGUCUUUGAAUCAAAUGCAAAUCAAGCAGGAAAUCACCCUCCCACCUGGCCUGAGCAAAACCAAGCAGAGCCAAGAGCCUGAGCCUGUCCCAUGUCCACAGCAACAAUCUGAAGCCCAAGUCCCAACACCUUGCCCAGAACCAGUCCCAGUAGAAGAGGUGCCAUGCCCAGAAAAAACAAUGCCAUUGCCACCCCAGGUGGUGGAACCAGGCAAGGGAGAAGCACCAGUGGUUGUAAUACCCCAAUGUCCACCCCAGGAGCAGCAGCAGCAGCAGCAGCAGCAGCAGCAAUGCAAGGUGCCACCAGCUUUGCCUACUGAUCCUAUUCCAUGCCCUGAAGAGAAAUCAACGUGCAAAGAGGUUCCUGUGGCAGCCCCUGCUUCCUGCUCUGAACCCACUCAAAGUGUGCAGGAGAAGCAGGAGAGCAAAGAGAUCCCUGUGCCAGUUCCUGUUGUUUGCCCAGAACCUCCCUUGUGCUCUCAGGAGCAGCAGCAGUGCAAGGAGAUCCCUGUGCCCAUCCCUGCUCAAUGCCCUGAACCUGCACCAUGUACCCAGGAGCAGCAGGAGACCCAGGAGAUCCCUGUGCCCACCCCAUGCCCUCUAGAGAAGCAGGAGUGCAAGGAGACAGCCGUGCCAACCCCUGUUCCUGAACCCACACCAUGUGCCCAGGAGCAGCAGCAGUGCAAGCAGAUCCCAGUGCCCAUCCCUGCCCAAAGCCCUGAACCUGCCCCAUGUCCUCAGGAGAAGCAGCAGUGCAAGGAGACCCCUGUGCCAAUCCCUGUCCAACACCCUGAACCUGCACCCUCUCCUCAGGAGCAGCAGGAGACCAAGGAGAAUCCUGUGCCCACCCCAUACCCUGUAGAGGAGCAGGAGAUCAAGGAGAACCCUGCACCAGAGCAGAGCUCCCUUCCAGAGAAGCGUCCUCCCAUGGAGCAGCAGCAGGUCAAGCAGCCCAACCAGUGGCCACCCAUGCAGAAGUAA